CAUCAACCUUCAGUUUACAACCAUUACAAUUAAAUGUCGUAGCUAGUUAGUCUAGUAUUUUGACAAGUAGCAUUCAUGCAUUGCUCCGCGAAGCUCCGUUGAGUCGUAACGCCCGGCGGCGGCCAAGACGGUACUGCCUAGCCUGCACUUGAGCUGUGUAGCGGGUAUAAAGUUACCCGACAGAGCAGAGCUCUUCUUCCCACUCCCAGACCCGAUGGCGAUGUCGAUGGGAGGGAAGGGCCGGGGAUCCGGGACGUCGAUUGCUGCUGGGCUGAGCUGGGGUUCUUUAUGCAUAAGGAGAUAUAGUUUGUGCAUAAGAGGACUCUUCAAUCUGCCUCAACGACCAUACUCUAGCACAGUACCCAUAGGGCCUAACCGAAGCACCAUCAUGCAAAGCAACACUGCACCCCAGCCCCAGGCCACUAAAGCAAAGGCCUCUUCCCUCCUUAAUGGUGAUGUUGGAGGUACAAUAAAGGGAUCCCAUGAUGUCAAAGAGCCUGGGCCUGGGGCUGCUCAACAGUGGAAGGAGGGGGUUGGAAUGAGAGAAGGCGAGGAGAAUUUCUUGAGGAAUUUCUUUGAGCUGAUAUUAGAAGAGGGCAUCUCAAAGCCUCUUGGUGCAAAAUGCAAAGUAAUCAAUUUCCAGCAUCCCCAUGAGCUCAAGAAUCAGAUGGAUUUUACAAUUAAGGAUGAUCCAGAAUCACAUGAAAGCCUCCUUGAUCUCUGCAAACAGACCUAUGACCAUAGCGUCAAAGUCAGUCAUCCUCAGUUUUACAAUCAGCUCUUUGCCGGACAGGAUAUGUACGGUUUAGCUGGUGCAUGGAUGACAGAGAGUCUCAACGAAAGCCAGUACACUUAUGAAGUUGCACCUGUGUUUACUCUGAUUGAGCAAGAAGUCCUCUCAAAGCUGAGAGAAUUGUGUGGCUACAAGAGUGGUGAUGGUAUCUUCUGUCCAGGUGGCUCACUAGGUAACAUGUAUGCAAUCAACCAUGCCAGGUAUAUGGUGAAUGAAGACUACAAGGAGAAUGGUAACUUCAACUCCAAGCCUCUACAAAUAUUCACUUCUGAUCAGAGCCACUAUUCACUCCUGAAAGGUUCAGCAUUCCUGGGGAUAGGAACUAACAAUGUCAUCAAAAUAGAAACAGACAAAAAUGGUAGAAUGAUACCAGAGGCACUAGAUAGAGCAAUUUCUGCUGCAAAGUUGAAUGGUGCCAUUCCUCUAAUGGUAGUUGCUACAAGUGGGACUACAGUCUAUGGAGCCUAUGACCCUUUAAAUGAGAUUGCAGACAUAUGUGUCAAAUAUGGAAUCUGGUUCCAUAUAGAUGCUGCCUGGGGUGGUAGUGCCCUUCUUUCAUCUACUUAUAGACAUUACCUUGAUGGCAUCCACCGGUCUAACUCAGUCACAUGGUGUCAACAUAAGAUGAUGGGGGUUCCCCUGCAAUGCUCUGCAUUCCUAUUGAAUGGCAAUGAAACCCUGAUGAACCGAUGCAUGAGUGCCAAGGCCAAGUACCUGUUCCAGCAAGAUAAGUUCUAUGACAUUAGUUAUGAUACGGGUGACAAGUCCCUCCAAUGUGGCCGUAAGGUAGAUGCUUUCCGUCUCUGGCUUAUGUGGAAGGCUAAAGGCAAUAAGGGCUUUGAGGCAGAGAUAGACCACAAGUUUGCCAUAUCAAGGUAUUUCACUCAGCUUCUUCAUGAGCGAGAUGGAUUUGAAGUUCUGAUGGAGCCUCAGUGCACAAAUGUAUGUUUCUGGUUCAUCCCAGCAAGCCUCAGAGAUGAGGAAAGAACACCAGAGUUUUGGGAGAGACUUAGUAAGGUUGCCCCUGCUAUCAAGGAAGGUAUGGUGUUAGAAGGAUCAAUGCUGAUUGGAUACCAGCCCAAUGGUGACCACAUCAACUUCUUCAGAAUUAUAUUCUCCAAUGCACGUGUUACAAAGGAGAGUGUUGCAUUCGUUCUUGAUGAGAUUGAUCGUUUGGGACGAGAUCUUCAGGUUUAAAUCCCUCUCUGUCCUCUCUAUUUCUCUCUCUCUCUUUCUCUCUCUCUCUCUCUCUCUCUCUCCUUCCUCUCUCCCUCUCUUCCCCUCUCUCUCUCUCUCUCUCCCUCUCUUCCCCUCUCUCUCUCUCUCCCUCUCUCUCUCUCCCUCUCUCUCUCUUUCUAUCUUAUUCUAAUUCUCUCUCAUUCUGUUUUUCUGAUUCUCUAUCACUUUCAUCUUUCCCCUGUUUCUUUGGUCUUAAAGGAUAUCAUAAAAUCAUAAAGUUGUUCAAACAUUAUUAGUUUCUCUGUCUGCCACAGGAAGCUUGACUCGCAAGAUAGUGUAAAAAAUACAUUAUAUUCUUAAGUUUUCUAACCCUCGAUCUUCAGUCACGUAAGAAUAAAUUUCCAUAUAUUUGAUUACUACAAUGUAGAUACAAUUAAUCCAUUUCUUUCCAAAAUAUGUGACAGAUGUAGAAUGAAUCUCAGUAUCGAUGUACAAGGGUUGCUUAUCAUUCAUGUGGAUAUCCCUUCAAAUAUGAGCGUACUUGUAACAAAGGUUUCCUUCAUAAAUGUUAAUGCCCUAUCUUGCAUUAUGUGUCAAAUUCUAAAGACUGCCCUCCUAAUCUUUAAAAUCAUUUUUUUAAACUAACUAAGAAAUAAUCAUGAACAACUGUAACUUUGAGCUACAAAUGAAGAUAAUAAAAUAAGGUGUUAAUAAAGGUGCUUGCAAUGAUUUUAGUACUAACAAAAAAGAACAAAUAUAUUUGAAGUGAACUGUAAUUGAUAACAAUUCAAGAUAUAUCAUAUUUCUAUGCAUUUUUAGGAAAGUGGAUCUGAUAUCUACGGUACACUAAACAUUAUAAUAUCUAUCUUUGGUGCCAAACUUUUCAUUUUGAAAAAGAAUGAAUCACUUAUUGACUUUAAUUAUUUGUAAGGUUGCCAAAAGAGCAAAAUUGUUGAAUGUGUGAAAUACACUACUGGGCAUGAGUGUCUUUAAGUCAUUUUGUUUACACAAAAACUAAUCAUCUUUUAAAUUCAACCUUAAUGACAGGAGAUAUGAAUAUACAGUCAUGUAGUUGUAAUUCAUGAGGUAAAAAUACAGACUACAACCUUGUUGUUGAAAGAGACCCCACUAUGAAGAAUGGAAAUAAAAUAUUUUAAUUUCAUAAUAGAGAAUUUUACUUCAAUGAAGAUUAGCCUUCAGUGAAAGCUGUAUUUGGUCACCUGCACUAUGCAUGUCAUUGUUUAAAUGAUAAUAGGAGAAUAAAAAAUAGAUCAGUGAAAUAAGAAUGAAAUUAUUCAAACGCAUUUGUUUGAUCAAAUGCUUAUUUUUAUGUUUCUUGAUUGAACAUCAUAUUGUUUAAUUAGCAAUAGUGUAAAGGCUGCAUUUAAAAAAAAAUCUCAGUGAUGUCUUAGCAUGACAUAUGUCAAUAUAUUGAAUGUGCAAUUAAUUUUUACCUCUUCAUGCUUCUCGUAAAUGUAUUGUUUGUUUCGGUUUUCAGUCUGUUAAAGUGGAGAGUUUAUUUAAGGAUUGUUUGACUGAGCUAUGCCCCUGCGACAAUUGCUUUGCUGACAUUUUGUACAUUAACUAAAUUCCUAUCUACAACCCUGGAGCAAACACAAUACCUAAUCCUAAACCUUCUCUAACAACCAAUGCAUCCCUGAUCCUUUAUUCCUCUCAUAAAAUAAGCCUCAAGCAAUUGUUGCUGGAGCAAAUUUGUGAUAAUAACAACUGUGAAGAAAAGCAGCGUGAAAUUUGCCAUAGUCAUUGAUACAAAGCUAAUACAUUCAUGAUUUAUGUACACAUGUAUAUUUAUUUCAUAUAGGGCCGAUGUAAAAUAUGGUAAAUUUGUAUAAAUCUGUGAAUGCCCUCUUAUCUUUGUCAUGAGUAGCAAAUCAAGUUGUAUUUGUAAAAGUUGGAAUUAAUGCACAGUUAUCUUAUCCCUGGAAAGAUUUGGCUUACCAGUAGAUAGUCUUAUCACAUAUCUUUAGGGUAUUGAAUGCCCAGUGAUUCUGUAAAUAUGCUGCACCUAAUAGCUAUGCACAGUAGAGAUCUAGGAGUACUUCAUAAUGAAUGUGAAUUGUACAAUUAUACUCCUAACACACAAUGUUGGUAUUGAUGUAUUCAUGCAUGUGGGUGUUAAAUUUAGUCUUCUUGAACAAUGUGUGUGGUCAUGAUUAAAACCAUCAGGUGGUCUCACUGGCUGUGUGGUAAGUGAAAGUUGUUCAGUGAUUUUGGUUACAGCAGGGGGGGGGGGGGUUAGAAUCCUCCCUGGUUACAGUAUACAGAUGCAGUACAGUAUCUUUGUUACAUAGGCUCAGUACUAAACCCACUUCAUAUCAUAUCAAUUUAUCCAAAAGAACUUGUUACUUUUGCUUCAAUAUUCCUAUCUUAUGGUGCGAAUGUAGAGUCACAUCACUUUGUCAUAUAUAUACUUGUGAAUCUUUUAUAGUAAUUUUGAGAAAUUAAUAUAUACAUUUUAUAAUGUUUUAGAUGUUGAGAUGUAUGAAAAUCCUGCCUUGUACACAUUAGAGAUAUAUAUUUUAUAACCAGUGCUCUUUCAGGUGUCAAAUAUCUGAUCUGGAUAUUUUUUCUUCUGAGCCCUUUCCUUACUUUAAAUUCUUCUUACUUUGAAUUUUGAAAUGGACAAAAUACUAUAUAAAGGCAUUUUCAACUCUUCACCAUUAUGUUGAGAAAAUGUGGAAAUAUACAGCGUAUCUGUAUUGUGAUUUUACAUAUUUUAAUUGUUUUACAUUUACAACUCAGUGAGAUAUAAUUCACCUUCUUUGUUUGCUUAUUUGAAUAUGCCAGUCUGAUUGUUGAAAGGGGUAAAGUACAUAUACAAUGUCAUCAUUUACAUAUAGGAGUCAUGAUGGAAUGUUGAUUUUGCCUUUAUAGAUUGUCUGUUAUCAUAUUCCAAGUUACUAAGCUUUACUCCUUACAAACUUGUUAGAAGAAGUGCUUUUGGAAUGGUCCUGUUAGUUAAUAUAUUAUACUAUGUGUAAUAAAGUAUAUGAUGAUUGAA